CUAUUUCACUGUGUCAGCAAGCAUCAACACUAGGAUCUUUUCAAGGUGCUUUUUCUUUGGGAACUACAAAAGUAGUACAAAGAAUUGGGGUUUCAACUCUGAAGCCUAAAGUCAUGAAGAAGCCUAAAGUCAUGAAUUCUGCAGAGAAGAUUGGCAACAACCAAGAUAUGUUAACAGAAAUCCUCCUCAGAUUACCAACAAAGUCACUCAUCAAAUUCAAGUGUGUCUCAAAACAGUGGCUAUCUCUCAUUUCAAACUCUCAGUUCUGUCUCUCCCACACUCGCCACCACCAACACAAUGGGUUUCUCGAGCCUACUGCUCUUCUGCUCAAAGUUAAGAACACAAUCUCCCCUGAAUUUGAUGUGGUUCCUUUGAAGCAUUACAGUGAAGUCCCCUUCUUUCAUUAUGUUAAUCCCCCUGACAUCAACAUGCUGCAAUCUUGUAAUGGGUUGUUUCUUUGCGAGACCGACGAUGAUGAUGUUGAUAAUGUCUCCAGGUACUUCAUCUGCAACCCAACCACUAAGAAAUUCAAGAUGCUAUCUUUUCUUAGGAACCCACAUGAAGAUUGUGAGUUUUAUGUUAGUUUGGCUUUUGAUCCUCUCAAAUCUCCUCAUUACAAGAUUAUUGCUAUUCGGGAAGUAUCAAAAAACUCUUUUGAGUUUGAGAUGGAUAUAUAUUUGUCAGAGACUGAUUCUUGGACUGUACCCGGUAUUAGUUUUGAAGUAGAUGGCAGCAUAGCGUUUGAUGACGCCGUUUUCUGUAAUGGAAUAAUUCAUUGGAAUAGUUAUGGAGACGAGUCACUGUAUUUUGAUGUAGGGAAGGAAUGUUUGCAAAAAAUGCCAAUGCCACCAACAGAAAACGAUGUGCUUGAGAUUUAUAAAUAUUUUGGAGAGACCAGGGGCACAUUGCAUCUAGCAGUGACCUACCACGCGUUCAUUGCUCUUGAAUUAGAUGUUUAUGAGAUGGCAAGUGACUAUUCUCAUUGGUUCUUGAAGCAUCGUCUGAACCUUGGCGAUGCCAUGAAAGUUUUUCCUGAGCUAAACUUUGGUUGUCUUGGGUUUUCUCCUGGAUUCUCUGGUGUGUGUUUUAUUCGAUCUGAGAAAGAAGAAGAGCCAAAGGUUGUGGUAUGGGCAGAUGGUAAAAUCAUUUUCUAUGAUUUUAAUGAUGGGGAGUGGAAAAAGCUUUAUGAUCCAGGGCCUGGGGUCAAAUUUGGCACUCGUUUUUUAGACCAUUUUACUCAUUUACAUGAACAAAGAUUUCUUGCUUAUAAAUACUUUGAGAACCUCUCUUGUGUUUGAGGGUUUAACUUCUACAAAUACCAAUAUUCUCGAAUAUUGUUUUUGAUUUAAGGCUUUAUGGGUGUUGCUUCAUAUUGGCUCUUCUGAUGGCUUGUGUCAUCAAUAUAUGUGAGGCAGGUGAAGGUGACACAUAUCUUAUAGCAAUGUGGCAAUUUCAAGUAGAAAAUUACUAGUGGCCUGGGUGUAGUGGUGUGCUGUUACUAAAUUUUCUGAAGUACGUAUUAUAUUAUUUAUAUGUUUGCGAAGAUGGCAGCAAUAAUGUCAGUUUAUCCAGUUAGAUGAACUUUAAUCUCUUGCUGAUUGCCUUUAUUGUAGACUUUUAGAUUGAAACAAAUCUACCUUGCUGCAUCUGAGUAUUUGAUUCAGAGGUUUGUGCGUGAUAUUUCUGUUCAAAAU